AUGGCGCCGGUGCAGCUGGACAACCACCAGCUCGUCCCUCCGGCCGGAGGCGGCGGCGGAGGCGGCGGCGGCGGCUUGGGGGGGAACAACGGCCCCGGCUCGGCGGCCUCGUCGGCCCCUCCUCCGCCUCCUCCUCCUCCUCCCCCGCCGCCGGUGGCGGGAGCGGCCGUGGCGGCGGCGGCGGCGGCGGCCACUACGAGCCCCGGCUACCGACUGAGCACCCUCAUCGACUUCCUCCUCCACCGGGCCUACGCCGAGCUCACCGUCCUCGCCGACCUACUGCCAAGGAAGACUGAUAUGGAAAGGAAAAUAGAAAUAGUGCAGUUUGCCAGCCGCACCCGCCAACUCUUUGUUCGAUUACUAGCUUUAGUAAAAUGGGCUAAUAAUGCUGGAAAAGUGGAAAAAUGUGCGAUGAUUUCAAGCUUUUUAGACCAACAAGCCAUCCUCUUCGUGGACACUGCUGAUCGUUUGGCGUCGUUGGCCAGAGAUGCUUUGGUUCACGCUCGCCUACCCAGUUUUGCCAUUCCUUAUGCCAUCGACGUACUCACUACUGGGUCCUACCCCCGUCUACCAACAUGCAUUAGGGAUAAAAUCAUUCCGCCUGACCCGAUUACCAAAAUCGAGAAGCAGACCACACUGCAUCAGCUUAAUCAGAUUCUCAGACAUCGACUGGUGACCACAGACCUCCCCCCUCAGUUGGCAAAUCUUACAGUCGCCAAUGGCAGGGUAAAGUUUCGAGUUGAAGGAGAGUUUGAAGCCACGUUGACAGUAAUGGGAGAUGAUCCUGAUGUCCCUUGGCGUCUUCUGAAACUGGAGAUUCUCGUCGAAGACAAGGAGACGGGAGAUGGUCGAGCCUUGGUCCAUAGCAUGCAAAUCAGCUUCAUCCACCAAUUGGUCCAGUCCAGACUUUUUGCUGAUGAGAAACCUCUUCAGGACAUGUACAGCUGCCUACAUUCGUUCUGCCUGUCACUUCAGUUAGAAGUGUUGCAUUCACAAACGCUAAUGCUCAUUCGGGAGCGCUGGGGUGACCUUGUGCAAGUGGAAAGGUAUCACCCCGGGAAGUGCCUCUCGCUUUCAGUCUGGAACCAACAGGUUCUCGGGAGAAAGACAGGAACUGCCUCGGUUCACAAGGUCACCAUUAAAAUAGAUGAAAAUGAUGUCUCAAAACCCUUACAGAUUUUUCACGACCCCCCUCUGCCAGCUUCUGAUUCCAAAUUAGUAGACAGAGCCAUGAAGAUUGAUCACUUAUCAGUAGAGAAACUUCUCAUUGACAGUGUUCAUGCAAGAUCUCAUCAGAAGCUUCAAGAACUCAAGUCCGUUCUGAAGGGAUUCAACGCCAGUGAAAACUCAUUCAUAGAGACUGCUCUUCCGACACUUGUUAUUCCCAUUUUGGAACCCUGUGAUCGCUCAGAAUGUCUACAUAUUUUCGUAGAUCUACAUUCUGGAAUGUUCCAGGUGAUGCUUUACGGACUUGACCAGGCGACUCUGGAUGACAUGGAGAAAUCUGUAAAUGAUGAUAUGAAGCGCAUCGUUUCUUGGAUUCAACAACUCAAGUUUUGGCUUGGACAACAGCGUUGCAAGCAAUCUAUAAAGCAUCUACCUACGAUAUGCAGUGAAACAUUGCAGCUUUCCAAUUACACUACUCAUCCUGUCGGAAGCCUUUCCAAGAAUAAGUUAUUUAUCAAACUUACUCGCCUUCCACAGUACUAUAUUGUGGUAGAGAUGUUCGACAUUCCCAGUUGUCCCACAGAACUGGAAUACAAAUACCAUUUUCUGUCCGUGAGUUUUGCUGAAGGAGAUGACAGCCCUGUUACUGCACUUUUACUACAGCAGUUCAAAACAAAUAUUGAGGAGCCAGCGUUGGAUGCAAAGAGCGGGAAACAAGCAAAGACGGGUAGCAAGCGCAAGUUGUCUGGUGACCCAUGUGCUCUAGAACCCAAGAAACCUAAAGGGUCAGGAGAAAUGUGUGCCUUCAAUAAAGUCUUAGCUCACUUUGUAGCUAUGUGUGACACAAAUAUGCCAUUCAUAGGACUUCGUAUGGAGUUGUGUAAUAUGGAGAUUCCACACCAAGGAGUACAAGUGGAAGGAGAUGGCUUCAGUCAUGCUAUUCGUUUAUUAAAAAUUCCUCCAUGUAAAGGCACAAGUGAGGAAACCCAGAAGGCUCUUGAUCGGUCUCUUCUUGAUUGCACUUUCCGAUUGCAAGGCAGAAACAACCGUACAUGGGUGGCAGAACUAGUGUUUGCAAAUUGUCCUCUUAAUAGCACUUCCACCAGGGAGCAAGGACCAACACGUCAUGUUUACCUGACCUAUGAAAAUCUGCUGUCCGAACCCGUUGGUGGUCGAAAAGUUGUUGAAAUGUUCCUCAAUGACUGGAACAGCAUUGCACGAUUAUAUGAAUGUGUGUUAGAAUUUGCCCGUUCCUUGCCAGAAAUCCCCACUCAUCUAAAUGUUUUCUCGGAAGUUCGUGUCUACAACUACCGCAAGCUCAUCUUGUGCUAUGGAAGUACCAAGGGAAGCUCAAUUAGCAUUCAGUGGAAUUCUGCACAUCAAAAAUUCCACAUUUCACUUGGAACAGUUGGUCCAAACUCAGGUUGCAGCAAUUGUCAUAAUACCAUCCUACAUCAGCUCCAGGAGAUGUUCAACAAAACACCAAAUGUGGUCCAGUUAUUACAGGUACUGUUUGAUACUCAGGCUCCACUCAAUGCCAUCAACAAACUCCCGACAGUGCCAAUGUUGGGACUGACACAGCGAACUAACACCGCAUAUCAGUGCUUUUCGAUACUGCCUCAAUCCUCCACCCACAUCAGACUGGCUUUCAGGAACAUGUACUGUAUCGACAUUUACUGUCGGAGUCGAGGAGUCGUGGCAAUCCGAGAUGGGGCAUACAGUCUCUUUGACAACAGUAAGAUAGUUGAAGGUUUUUAUCCAGCCCCGGGACUAAAGACAUUUCUGAACAUGUUUGUGGACAGCAAUCAGGAUGCCCGAAGACGUUCUGUAAAUGAAGAUGAUAAUCCACCAUCUCCUAUUGGGGCAGAUAUGAUGGAUUCAUUGAUAUCGCAGCUGCAGCCCCAGCAACAGGCAUUUCCAAAGCAGCCAGGGUCAUCAGGAGCAUAUCCUCUUACUUCACCACCUACAUCUUACCACAGCACAGUGAAUCAGUCUCCUUCUAUGAUGCACACUCAGUCCCCUGGAAACCUGCAUGCUGCAAGUUCACCUAGUGGCGCACUAAGAGCACCGUCACCAGCAUCAUUUGUUCCGACACCUCCCCCUUCUUCCCACGGAAUCGCGAUCGGGCCAGGGACUAAUUUUGCCAGCCCCCACGGAACCAUUGACCCCAGUUCACCGUACACUAUGGUCUCCCCCAGUGGAAGGGCCGGAAACUGGCCGGGAUCUCCUCAAGUGUCCGGCCCCUCCCCGGCAACGCGCAUAACCGGAAUGUCGCCAGCUAACCCUUCCCUUCACUCACCGGUUCCCGACGCUUCUCAUUCCCCUCGGGCUGGAACGAGUUCCCAAACGUUGCCAACAAACAUGCCUCCUCCUCGUAAACUACCUCAACGCUCCUGGGCUGCAUCCAUACCCACAAUCCUCACUCACAGUGCCUUGAAUAUCUUACUGCUGCCCUCUCCUACUCCUGGACUUGUACCCGGCCUGGCUGGUAGCUACCUUUGCUCCCCUCUUGAGCGGUUCCUCGGAUCGGUCAUUAUGAGGCGACAUCUUCAGAGGAUUAUCCAACAAGAGACGCUGCAGCUAAUAAACUCCAAUGAACCCGGGGUAAUAAUGUUUAAGACGGAUGCCCUGAAGUGCAGAGUUGCCCUCAGCCCUAAAACCAACCAGACUCUUCAGCUAAAAGUGACUCCAGAAAAUGCGGGCCAGUGGAAACCAGAGGAGCUUCAAGUUUUGGAGAAAUUCUUUGAAACCAGAGUUGCAGGACCACCAUUUAAAGCCAACACGUUAAUAGCCUUCACGAAGCUGUUAGGAGCACCUACCCACAUCCUCAGGGACUGUGUUCACAUUAUGAAGCUGGAAUUGUUCCCUGACCAAGCAACACAGUUGAAGUGGAAUGUUCAGUUCUGUCUAACAAUUCCUCCCAGUGCACCGCCUAUUGCUCCUCCGGGAACACCUGCCGUGGUGCUCAAAUCCAAAAUGCUGUUUUUCCUCCAGCUAACUCAGAAAACUUCAGUCCCGCCCCAAGAACCUGUUAGCAUCAUCGUCCCAAUCAUUUAUGACAUGGCUUCAGGUACGACCCAACAAGCAGACAUUCCCAGGCAGCAGAACUCUUCGGUUGCCGCCCCCAUGAUGGUCAGCAACAUCCUAAAGAGAUUUGCCGAGAUGAAUCCGCCGAGACAAGGUGAAUGCACAAUAUUUGCAGCUGUUCGUGAUUUAAUGGCUAAUCUUACACUGCCCCCUGGUGGGCGUCCAUAGACACUAUUGUUUUUAAACAAGGCUGAAAAAUGAGACAAAGCAACAAAAAAAAAUCUCUGAAAUAAGCCUUCCGUUUAAAAAAAAAAAAAGGACUUUUUUUUUUAAAAAAAAGAGCUAAAUAUUCUAAACUGGCAAAAACGUUCAGGGAUGCACUUCUUUCAUCAAAAAGGACAUCAACCUUUUGUAUAGUGUCUUGUAUAGUGUGUUAAAAUGGGACACAUUUCAAACUAGGUAAUAGGUAAAUAUCAGCUUGCCAGUAAUAGAUUUAAUAUUCUGUUUUAUACUACAAAAUUAUGAAAAUGCCAAACUCUUGUUUAUUUAAUUGUUUUCUUAUGUUUUGGGUGUAAUAGUCCUUUUUUUUAAGGCAGGUCUGUCAUUUUGAAUACUGUAAAACUGUGAUAAACUUUAUAUUGAAGCUGUAUUUUAAUAUGAUCGCUUUGAAUCCUUACCUGAAAAUGUUCUGGGAGUUGUUAUAAACAGAUCCCAAAGAAGCAAUAUUUAAUAAACUAGGUAAAAAAAAUCCA